AUGACUAGUGUUUAUCCAACGGAAGAAAAAUCAAGUCCUCCACCCACUUAUGAACAAGCAACACACUCACCACAUACUGCAACUAUGCCGCCAGCAUUUGGUGCGUACACAAUAUCCUCUACAGCUUUUCCACCACAAGCAGCACCUGUGGGUAUGUGUCCAACAUCUAUGAUGGCUUUACCAUCAUAUUCUUCACCUGCUGGUACCAAUAUGCUUAUAACAACACGGCCGUUGAUGUACGGUGACUUACCUAUUCAAUGUAGUUGUCCUAAUUGCUAUCAAAUCAUUGUUACACGUGUAGAAAAGAAAGAAGCUUUACUAUCGUGGUUAAUUUGUAGUGGAAUUCUUUUGAUGGGUGGUUGGCUAGGUUGUUGCCUUAUUCCAUUUUGUAUUGAUAGUCUCAAAGACAUUGAACAUUAUUGCCCACAUUGUGCAGCGUUACUUGGUGCACGACGAAGAAUUUAG